AAUAAAUUAUUUUGUUCUUCAGAACAGAAAUUGAUCGGCGUUCAAAAAGUAAUCUUUCAUCGAUCGUCGUCACUCUCUUUCAAACCUUUUCCGUUGAAUCGAACGAACGAACGAGAAUCUUUCACUGAAUUGCAGCACCGACGACGAACUUUCCGAUGCAUCGCCGCCGGUGCGUGUCGUCCAGAGCCAUUUCGGACGCAGAGAGUGAGUCCGAUAACGAAAUGAUGAAGUGCUUGUCGUGUCUGGAGGAUUACAGGUCACGCGACGCCGGAACCUGCAAGGAGUGCUACGAGGAAGCUAAUGAGACUGAGGAAGAGCUCAAGCGUGAGAUCGAAGACUUGAAAGCUAAAGUUGCUUUCCUCAGGUUUUGGUCCCCUCUCGAUCAUCUUCAUAAUCGGUCGAAUGCUCCUUGCUUUACUGAUGUUGUUUUGAUCGCCUCCGGCGAUGGCGCUGAGGGAUAUGCUGUGCCACUUCCCGCUCAUAAAGCUGUCUUGGUGAGUCGCUCGCCCGUUUUCAAAGCUAUGCUUGAGAAUGAAAUGGAAGAAAGUCGUAGUGGUACCAUAAAGAUCAGCGACGUUUCAUUCGAUGCCCUCCGCGCCUUUGUCAAUUAUUUGUACACAGCAGAAGCCUGUCUUGAUGAGCAAAUGGCUUAUGACCUUUUAGUUUUGGCUGAGAAGUAUCAGGUGAAGCAUCUGAAGUCACAUUGCGAGAAGUUCCUAAUAUCAAAACUGAACUGGGACAACUCAAUCAUGAACUACACCUUUGCACACCAGCACAAUGGCAAGCAUAUGAUCGAUGCAGCUCUGUCGGUGAUUAUCGACAACAUGGACAAGCUUACCAAGAGGGAGGAGUACAUGGAGCUCGUCGAGAAGGAUCCACGGCUUGUCGUGGAAAUCUACGAAGCAUACAUGUCUAAACAGGUAAAUACUGCUGCUUGUAAGGAUUGUUCUGUGAAAUAAAACUCAAGUAGAUCUUAUAGCCAUUGUGAUUUGUUUUGUGUGCUUGCAAGAACUGUUUUGUUACUUAGAUUACGAUGAGCAUGCACUCCAAUAAUACCUCGAAUGUAUCUUGUUAAACAAAAACUAGAACGUAAUCCAAUCGAUAUAAAUAUGCUUGUUUGGCUA